AUGUCUGAAACAAGUUCAUUACUUCCCGGGGAGCCUGACGGACUCGGACGUCGGACUCUACGAGACCGCAUUGUCGACGCUUUCCGUUCAUCGCCUCAAACUGGCCUUGGGAUCUCGACAAAUGCGAGCCAUGAAAAUUAUACCGCACAGGCCAGCCGGACCGGCACUGGGGUUACGAGCGAACCAGAUGUGAGAACUCGGCUUCUGGAAUCAUACCUUCAGGCUGGUCCUGCGUGCGGUGAAAGGCGCUGCAGCCAUGGCACAUUUUCGCCGCAGGUAGAAGAUGCGGGAGCACAAUCAUACAUUGGAGGACCGGGCGAUACAUUUGGGCAUAACGGACAUGAGGUGACAGACGGCGCGGCCGAUCGCCCUAGAGGUGGAGUAGACCACCCAGAGUCGGUCCCAGACUCAGAGGCUCCGUCACAGAUGAAAUCGUCUUUUACUUUCCCAAUAACCGACACGAACAAACAAUAUAUAUCCUAUUACAUUCCGUUUUUAAAUUGGAUUGGCCAAUAUCAUUGGUCAUUUCUGCGCGGAGAUCUCAUGGCUGCGUUGACUGUGGCGUCUAUCUACAUCCCGAUGGCCCUCUCUUUGGCCUCUAAUCUUGCCCAUGCACCACCCAUCAGUGGUCUCUACUCUUUCGUCAUCCAUCCCUUGAUCUAUGCCAUCCUAGGAAGCUGCCCUCUUUUGGUAGUUGGACCAGAGGCUGCGGGUUCCCUCCUAACAGGUGCUAUUGUCAAAGCAAGUGUCAUGCAAGGAAACUCAGGCGAGGACGACCUUACAGAAACCGCUCUUAUUGUAGGAGUGGCUACUGCAAUGUCCGGUGGCAUGAUACUGAUUGCCGGACUAACCCGCCUAGGGUUUUUGGACAACGUACUCAGUCGACCAUUCUUGCGAGGAUUCAUCACUGCUAUCGGCUUUGUGAUCUUUGUAGACCAGCUUAUCCCGGAAUUGGGUCUGGCCGAGCAUGCCAAAGAAUCCGGCGUUAGCCAUGGUACCAGUGUUGAAAAACUUAUUUUCAUCAUUCGACAUGCUCGAGAUUGCCAUGGACUAACUGCUAUUGUUUCGAUUGUCAGCUUUUCUGUCAUCAUGGUGUUCAGAACUUUGAAAAAGAUGCUUGUGCCUCGUAUCCCUCAAGUGAUUUAUUUCCCAGACCGCUUCCUUGUUGUUGCACUGUCGGCGGUUUUGGCUUGGCACCUCGACUGGGAAGCCAAAGGGCUCGAAAUUCUUGGACCUACGGAGGUCGGAUCUGGAGGACUAUUCGCUUUCAACUGGCCCUUCCAGCUUGCGCAUAUGAAACAUGUGCGCACAGCAUUGAGCAAAUCGUUUAUUAUCGCGCUACUUGGCUUCUUUGAGUCAUCUGUUGCGGCAAAGGGGCUGGGCGAAGGCAAUUCCAAUGGAAUCAAAGGAAUGUAUAUGAGUGCUAAUCGUGAGAUGGUUGCAUUAGGCGUUGCCAAUGUCGUCGGAGGCUGCUUCUCUGCCCUGCCUGCAUUUGGCGGAUACGGACGAAGCAAACUUAGUUCACAGACAGGAGCACGGUCACCUAUGACUAGUGUUUUCCUAAGCAUCAUUACAUUCACAUGUGUCAUGGUGCUUUUGCCUUAUCUCUACUACCUUCCGAAAGCAGUCCUGUGCUCUAUGAUCUCCGUUGUGGCCUUCACCCUAGUGGAAGAAUGCCCGCAUGACCUACUCUUUUUCGUUCGCCUGCGCGGAUGGUCAGAGAUCGUCCUCAUGCUCCUCAUUUUCACAACAACAAUCUUCUACUCCCUGGAACUAGGCAUGGCCAUGGGAAUGGGCCUGUCAGUGAUAAUCCUCAUCCGACACGCAACGCACCCCCGAAUCCAGAUUCUGGGCAAGGUCCUAGGCACAGCUGCGCGUUUCGACAACGCUGAACUCCACCCAGAAAACGUGGAGCUAGUCGAAGGCGCCCUGAUCGUCAAGAUCCCCGAACCCCUCACGUUUGCCAAUACAGGCGACCUAAAGAAUCGCCUGCGACGUCUGGAACUUUACGGCUCCAGUCAUGCUCACCCUUCCCUGCCGCGCAUGCGCGCGCCGGAGCAUAAUAAGAAUAUUAUUUUUGACGUUCAUGGCGUUACAAGUAUCGAUGGGUCUGGUACCCAGGUUCUCUCGGAGAUCGUGCACGCGUACGCAGAGCAACGCGUCAGAGUUUUCUUCUGUCGUUUGCCGAAUAGCAAUGUGUUCCGCAUGUUUGAGCGAAGUGGUAUUGUUGAGGAGUGUGGGGGAUUGAGUCAUUUCGUGCCCAGUGUUGAUGAAGCGCUGCGGUUGGCGGAAUCAGAGAAUCAGACACAGGAGAUAUAG